AUGAUUUACACACGCGCCAUUUCGUUAACGAACUUCUUGGUUGCCUCGUCAGCCCUUGGUUUCCAGGUGUUCGUAUUAUACCCGUGGCACAAGCAGCUAGACGACUCGUUCGAGGACCUGAAAAAGGAGCAUGUGCGGGUUCUAGCGGCGGUGAAGGAGGUCGCGAGCGAGGUCGACCCGAACUCGCGCAAAGGCGCUAAAGACUCGAUAUUAGGACGCCUCGGCAUGGGAUUCGGAACUGGAAGCCACUUAAACUCUGUUACCGCGGCCUUGGCCAGCUCACUACCAAGCACCGGCGGUAGCAAGACCGGCAUGUCCGUCUCGGAACUUGCUAGAUUUGCCUUUGCGGGAGCGUUCUGCUGUUCUUUUACCCACGGUAUCCUGACGCCCGUUGACGUUGUCAAGACCAGGGUUCAACUGGAGCCGGCCAAGUAUAACCGCGGUUUGGUCGGAGGUCUGCGCCAGAUCGUCUCUGCCGAUGGCGCUGGAGCGCUGUUGACGGGCUUUGGACCCACCGUCAUGGGAUACUUCCUGCAGGGCGCCUUCAAGUUUGGAGGGUACGAGUUCUUCAAGCGACAAGCUGGCGACUAUCUGGGUCCGGAACGGGCUGCCGCGAAUCACAAUGCCGUCUACCUAGCUUCCUCCGCCACCGCCGAGCUGAUUGGCGAUGUCUUCCUGUGCCCAUUCGAGGCCGUUCGCAUCCGUUUGGUCUCCCAGCCAACUUACGCCCCGGGCAUGGUAAGUGGCUUGGCCAAGAUGGCAAACAGUGAAGGACUAGCUGGUCUUUACUCCGGUUUUACUCCGAUUGUCCUGAAGCAAGUCCCCUACACGAUGGCAACAUUCGUCGUGUACGAAAAGGCCAUCGACGUUGCGUACAAGCUGAUCGAUAAGACGACUGCCUCGAAUAUGACUCUCUCAGGGGUAAACCUUGGGUGCGGUCUCGUGGCCGGCAUGGCCGCUGCCAUUGUCUCCCAGCCCGCCGACACGGUUUUGAGCAAGAUCAACAAGGAGAAGGGCGCACCGGGCGAGGGCAUCGCGCGCCGCAUCUUCAACAUUGUCACCGCACUUGGAGUCCGCGGCAGUUACACCGGCAUUGGCCCGCGUCUUGUUAUGGUUGGGGGCAUGACUGCUGUGCAGUUUGGCAUUUACGGUCACAUUCAGAGGGUAUGGUUUCCUCCUCUAGUUGAUGGCGUGUGCAACUAA